GUACGAUCCCGAGGAACUGGCUUUCCCGUCCGUCGAUCGAACUCUUAUCCCUAAUUCAUCCUACUACUGGUUUACUGGUACACGAUUGGCGUCGAGAUUAGAACAGAGAGUAAAUAAACUAAAAUAGAGGGAGAGAGAGAUAGACAACCAGAUCAAAUUCAAUCCUACUCCUUCAUUUCAACUCCUCUCUCUCUCUCUCUCCCUAAACCCAUCUCGCUCUAUGUAUCUAUCUGUAUCGUCUGUGUAUCCGUGAAUCUAGGGUUUGGUUCGAAGUCUUGGCGUUUGCCUAUUCUGAUGGAAAAUGGGGUUGGGAUUGAUUUAGGAGAGAUGGUUGUGGGAAAUGAGGUUUUGGAAUCGAGAGUCGAGGAAAGGGAUGCGGUUGGGUCUGACGAGUCUAGGGAAUCAGAAGGGGACGAAGUUUUUGAGGAGGCGAUUUCCGCUGAGACACCAAGAGUUUUUCCAGAGGUUAUUGGGGUCAACAGGGAUUAUUGUGUUGGCAAUGUUGGGCAUGUGGUUGGUUCUGUAGAGGUUGAUGAGGAUGUGAGUGUGGGAAAUGACGUUGAGAAGUUUGAAGAGGCAAUUGGGGGUCCUGUUGUGGUUGGUAAUCAUGAGGAGGAGCUCCCUGUUGUUGAACACAAGAUAGAAGGUUUUGCCGGUGGAGAGUCUGUUGAUGAGGCAACGGAGGGGGAAAUCAAUUAUGUGGAAAGUGAGAAGGAGAAACUUCUAGCGGGUGAAUUGAAUGGCACCGAGAAUGAUUUGUCAACGAUUGCUGGAGAGGGUGAGUUGGAGGAGGUAUCUGGUAUUUCUGCUGCCGGUGAAAUGGAAGAUUUUAAAGAUGGCUCUCAGGAAGAUCAGAAAUCUGGUGUAGUUGCUGAUGGAAUACUGGUUGAUGACAACACUGAAGUUGGGGAUGCCCAAAGUUUGGCGGGAAGUAGCCCUAAUUCUCAGCGGCAGGUGGAAUCCAUUGAACCCGUUUUGCAUCCAGCUGAAAUGAUUGAUGAGGUGAAAGAAAACUCCGGUCUGUUGGAGGUUGAAUCCAUUGGAGAAGGUUUGUGUCGAGAUGAGUCGACUGAGGGGGUGAAAGAAACUCCGGCUUUAUUGGACACUGGCCAUCAUGAUGACAAGAGAUGCGAAAAUAAAGAUGCUCCUGAUCUUCAAGAAGUACAUGGGAAUUUGAUUAGCCUGAAUGCGGAAAACAAAGGUGACAAAAGUGGGGAAGCGAAUGACGAAGCUGCAACAAGCCCAGUUCCUUUUUAUCGAAACAGCAUGAGUGAAGAACUCAAGGAUUCAGCUAACUUGGGCUUAGAAAAUCAGGAUGAUGGGCAAGAAUUGAAACAUCUGUCAGCUAAAGAAGAUUCAGGUCACCAUGGAACAAAUGGGAAACCUGAAGAUAAGCUUUUUACUUCUGAGGAAAGGACAUUUACCCCAGAGCUUGAAAAGUUGUCCAAAUCAGGUAAUGCUGCUUUGCUCGAUGAUGAGAAGAUUCAAACUUCUCCAUUCGAUAUGGGGGCAAAAGAGAUCGAGGGUUCUCAACUCCAGCCUACAGAUAAGCUUGUUGAAACUUCCUAUGCUGUGCCCAAGGAGCCUCACAUUGAAGGAGCUAAAGCUGAGGUGGUCAAGCAAAGUAUUCAAGGGAAUGGAGAAAGGAAUGUUAAACCUGCACCUGAAGUUUCUCCAUCGGAGGUGAAGUCUGCAAAUCCUACCCCCACACCUGCUCGUCCAGCUGGCCUUGGCCGUGUGGCCCCGCUGCUGGAACCUGCUCAUCGAGUUGUGCAACAGCCUAGGGUGAAUGGAACCUCAUCUCAGAUGCAAAACCAACUAACUGACGAUCCUACAAAUGGGGAAGCUGAGGAAAACGAUGAGACCCGUGAAAAACUCCAGAUGAUACGGGUGAAAUUCUUGCGUCUUGCUCAUAGGCUUGGGCAGACUCCUCAUAAUGUAGUUGUGGCUCAAGUCUUAUACAGAUUAGGGCUAGCUGAACAGCUGAGAGGAAGAAAUGGGGGGCGUGUCAAUGCCUUUAGCUUUGACCGUGCCAGUGCAAUGGCAGAGCAGCUUGAAACAGCUGGGCAGGAACCCCUCGACUUUUCUUGCAUCAUCAUGGUUCUUGGAAAAAGCGGAAUCGGUAAAAGUGCAACAAUCAACUCCAUUUUUGAUGAGGUUAAGUUUGAGACUGAUGCUUUUCAGAUGGGUACAAAGAAAGUUCAGGAUGUUGUGGGUACGGUCCAGGGGAUCAAGGUCCGAGUUAUAGACACACCUGGUCUUCUACCUUCCUGGUCAGACCAACGCCAUAAUGAGAAGAUCCUCCAAUCCGUUAAGCGGUUUAUCAAGAAAACACCUCCAGAUAUUGUUUUGUAUCUUGAUAGAUUGGAUAUGCAGAGCAGAGAUUUUGGUGACAUGCCUCUGUUGCGUACAAUCACUGAGAUAUUUGGGCCUUCGAUUUGGUUUAAUGCGAUUGUGGUUCUAACUCACGCAGCCUCGGCACCGCCUGAGGGGCCAAAUGGCAGUGCUACAAGUUAUGACAUGUUUGUGACACAGCGGUCUCAUGUUGUUCAGCAAGCAAUACGGCAGGCAGCUGGGGAUAUGCGGCUCAUGAACCCUGUUUCUUUGGUAGAGAACCACUCAGCAUGCAGAACAAACAGGGCUGGUCAGAGAGUACUACCAAAUGGUCAGGUUUGGAAGCCCCACUUGCUGUUGCUCUCCUUCGCGUCAAAAAUCUUGGCUGAAGCGAAUACACUUCUAAAGUUGCAAGAUAGUCCUCCUGGAAAGCCUUCUGCUGCUCGAACAAAAGCACCUCCUUUACCUUUUCUUCUUUCAUCGCUUCUCCAAUCAAGGCCACAGCUGAAACUGCCAGAAGAACAAUUUGGUGAUGAUGACACUUUGGAUGAUGAUCUCGAUGACUUAUCAGAUACAGAUUAUGAGGCAGAAUACAACAAGUUGCCUUCGUUUAAACGAUUGACAACGACCCAGCUGGCAAAGCUUACUAAAGCCCAGAAGAAAGCUUAUUAUGAAGAACUGGAGCUUAGGGAAAAGCUUUUGAUGAAGAAACAGUUGAAGGAUGAGAGGAAGCGGCAGAAGAUGAUGAAGAAAAUGGCAGCUUCAGCUAAGGAUUUGCCGAGUGAUUACAGUAACGAGGUGGGAGAAGAAAGUGGUGGUGCAGCAUCUGUUCCCGUUCCCAUUCCGGAUUUGGCCUUACCUGCUUCUUUCGAUUCUGACAAUCCAACUCAUCGCUAUCGCCAUCUCGAGUCUCCCAACCAGUGGGUUGUGAGACCUGUUCUAGAUACUCAUGGUUGGGAUCAUGACAUUGGUUACGAAGGUGUCAAUGUAGAGAAACUGUUUGUGGUUAAACAAGCGUUGCCUGUUUCUUUCUCUGGGCAGGUCACCAAGGAUAAGAAGGAUGCCAAUCUGCAAAUGGAAAUUGCUAGUUCAAUAAAGCAUGGCGAGGGGAAAGCAACUUCUUUCGGUUUUGAUUUGCAGACUCUUGGAAAGGACAUGGCUUAUACUCUUCGCAGCGAGACACUGUUUAGCAAUUAUAGGCGAAAUAAGGCAUCUGCAGGCAUCUCAGCGACUCUAUUGGGUGAUGCCCUGACAGCAGGGAUAAAAGUUGAGGACAAACUAAUUGUGAAUAAACGGUUCCGUUUGGUUAUGUCUGGAGGUGCCAUGACUGGUCGUGGUGAUGUUGCUUAUGGUGGCUGUUUGGAAGCCACUUUGAGAGAUAAAGAUCAUCCUCUGGGUCGUUCACUAUCAACUCUUGGGCUUUCUGUCAUGGAUUGGCAUGGAGAUCUUGCUAUUGGAGGAAAUGUGCAUUCCCAGAUUCCUGUUGGACGGUUUACAAAUUUGAUUGCUCGUGCUAAUUUGAAUAACAGGGGUUCCGGACAAAUCAGUAUCCGCUUGAAUAGCUCAGAGCAGCUUCAAAUAGCUUUAGUUGGCCUCAUUCCUCUACUCAGAAAGUUAUUAGGUUAUCAUCAACAGUUGGAGUUUGGACAAUGAUGAAAAUAAUCUUAAACAUCUGCAGCAGCCGUUGGGUAAGAGGAAAUAAGUUUCAAAAUGGUUGUCUCUCUUUGGUCACCAUCAAACGUGAGUAUACCUCUGCUACUAAUUUCUUUCACCGGUACAAUAAUGCUUUGAGUAAGGUGAGUGUAGUUUUCCUGUUAGACAUUUGCGUUUGGUUAUUUCAGUCCCAGUCAGCUUCAUUGCAGGCGAAAUGAUGCUGCUGCUUUUCUAGUCUCUGUCAUUAUUUAGUCACAAUGGGUAUGUUGAUUAUAUUUCAGCAAAUGUUUACUGUGUUA